AUGCGACCAAGUCCUCCCGUCACUAGUUGGUCAAAGCAAGACCCCUCAGGUCUCUCUCGCGACCCCUUCUCGCCCCUCUUUCCCCCUCAGGUACGCCGUCAGCUCUCCACUGUAAGAAGCCGGAAGCCGCUACGGGAAAGACUCAGAGAGACAGAGGCACCGAGGCGGGAAGAGGGAACACCCCUCGCCAGACAAGAGAGCACUGGCUUUUGCCUCCGCUUUCUCCUGGCGCAGGUCAAAUUGCCAUGCCAACGGGUGGGUGGCUCACGACCUCUAGCUGGGAGCUGCCCUCAAUUUGUUUACAGCCGGCGAUUCAGCAGUCGAGCGACCAAGUUUGCGGCUUGGCCCCCGCCCGAAGUCGCCGGUGUCUUGAAGCCAUCGCGGACUGCGCAUGAUGGCCACAUGUGUGCCAGCUUGUCUUUGGUCGGGACAGUGACUCUGUCUCCCUCUGCUCGCGACCAACCGACAGGGAUUCGCGUCCUGUCUCACCCAAAAACAAACAGACGGUGCAAAGAGACGCCAUGCAUCUCAUCGCUAGCCUCGUCGAUCAUGGACUUCUGCUUUGGGGUAGAAUGGGAGGCACAGCGCCAUGGCCCAUGGUGCCGCAGCUCUCGCCGGGACACCAGGACGGGUUUGACGGACGAUUGA